AUGCCUGGAGUAGGGACUGUAACAUUUGACUUAAAGGGUAAAGAAGUUUUCUUUGCUGGUGAUCGUGUGCAAGAUACGUGGUUUGUAAAGAUCAGCUCAUCAGUGAAGGUGAACUUUAUCACUACAUAUCUUAUUGGAGCAACUUAUGUGGAGUGGAGGGAAUCAAAUCCAUCAAGAAGAGAUGGAUCUGAUGAUAACCUCACUGUGCCCGAAGUUUCACCACCAUCUGUGCAAAAUGUUGAAACUGUUUCAGAUGUGUCCAGUAGAAUUAUUGAGUUUUGUAAAGUACAAAAUAUUGCAGAUCCGGUUGAAAUUUUGCGCAAAGUUCAGAAAGAAAUGGUCACAGGAAGGCCUUUAGAAGUGAAUGAUGUAACACAUAAUUCUGAGGGUGAUACAAACUUUAUUUUAAUUGACAGGACCCAUCUGUUGGAGACUGGUUUUGAUGAAGUCAAAGCCAUCAGUAAUGUCCGAAAAACUUUAGAAUUACAAUUUUAUGAUGAGACAGCUGUAGAUUAUGGCGGUCCCAGGAAGGAGUUUUUCCGGUUAAUAUUACGGGCAAUCAAGGAGAAGUAUUUUGACAGUGGACUUAGGGAAUUACUUUAUGAAGAUUAUGAAGUUGUUGGAAAGACUUUUGCUUUAAGUAUUCUACAAAAUGGCAAAAUUCCAACUUUCCUGGAGCCAGAUGUAAUCCAGAAGAUAUUUUCUGAUUCCACAGAUCAUCCAUGCAUCACAAGUUUGAGACAAGGACUUGAGACUUUGGGAUUGUAUACAAUUGGUAUGCAGCUGCCAAGUUUUCUUUACCUUUUCCAAAAACAUUCUAUACCAUUGACAUUCAGGAUGCUUACAAUGCUUUUGAAACCUCAGUUUUCAUUAGAGGGUAGCAACAACAUUGAAGUGGAGAAGAAAGUUUAUGCAGCAUUUGUCCGUUAUUUUAGAGAAGUUGCAAGUGGUCGAAGAGAACAUUUAUCCAUUGCUAAUAUUUUACAAUUUGUAACUGGAGCUGAUGAGGAGCCAGUUCUAGGGUUUCAAAUACCACCUACUAUUCAGUUUCCAGAAGUGAUUAACUCCUUAAUUCCAACAGCGAACACAUGCAUCAACUCCCUCCAACUCCCACGACCAAAGCCAAGCAUAGAUACAAAUCUUCCUGAAGAUAAAGAGCUUUUUGCAUUGUAUGAUUACGCAUUUUUAAAUUCUUAUUAUGGUUUGCGGUAAUUUUUUAGCCAAUUUUUAUUGCAAGUCAUUCAUUAUUACCUUGCAAACACAUCUAGUUUUGGUCUGGUAUAUGUA